UUGGCCGCGUUGCUCAUGCGAGGGGUUGUUGCGGUGUAUGCGCGCAAGGUGCGAUUCUUGUAUGAAGAUUGCAUGAAGACGUUGUCGCGAUUGAAUGCGUUGUCGCGGGCGCAACGCCAGGAUCGUAAUCUUCUUCCCGAGAAACCAGAGGGAGGAAGAGACGCGCGCGCGACCAUGACGAUGGCGUACGAUGGUGAUAUAUUGGCGCGACCUGAAUUUGAGCACAUGCAUGUGUCGCAGGCGUACGACUCGCAGGCGUUUCACAUGGUCGCGAGCGAGCAAUUGGAGGACGCGUUCGACGUGGCGGGCGGCGCGGCGGGCGAUCGCUUCACCGUGCGAGACGACGACAGAAUCAACCUUCUCGAGUUACAAAUGCCCGUGGACGAAGAUCAAGCGCGCAUGGACGAGCAAUACGAGUACGAGUUUGCGAUGCGCGGCGACGAUGGUCGACGGAUCAGCAUACAGGAAGAAGAUGAAGAAUACAUGGACUAUCAAAUUGCGCGCGCCGACGAUACGCUCGAAGAAGCGCUCCCGCUCGCCGUGGAGGAUGAGGAACCACUUGAACAAGAACCCAUCGGAACUCAGUUGAAGCGCAUGCGCGAGCGCGAAGCCGAAGCUGAGCGAAUGAUGGCGCUUCCUGAACCCAAGGCGAAGAAACGUCGUACGGCCGCGAUGGCUCGCACUCGCGUGUUCGUGUUUGAUAACCAGACUCAUCUUGGGUCGGAUGUCUUUCGUGCGUGGCUCUCCAGCACGCGGGACAUCGUUCAGCAACGCCCAGACGAGGACACUGCUGAGGCGGUCAUCGAAGGCAAAGAAGCAGAGCGUGACUUCUUCUUCCACUCUGAAGCGUUCAAGGUGAAUCCUUCGAUCUGCGCGCGAUCGGCGCUCGAACUCUUCGUCGUCAACCCGAACGCGCGAUUCGCGUUUGAGCAAUUCAUCGGUGAAGAACCAGUCAUGUAUGAAAGUGAUGAAGAACGUGAUCACUAUCAUGAUGUGAUGUAUGACGAACACGGAAACGUGCGGUCGACAGAAAAGAUGCGCGCCGUGCUUUCUGCAAAAAAGUCCACGCCCGGCUCUGGAUUUACGACUGGAUUUUUCAACCGCGAAAAAAUCACUCCCUCCACUUUUCACAAGUCAGGGCGCAGCUCUGGUUUGGGUUUGGACAGUGGUUCGAAACUUGCUGACAUGUUCAUUCCCGAAGACCCCGAUGAAGAUCUCGCCAUUCCGGAUAACUACGACCACAUCCUCGGAAGCGAAAUCGAUUUCGGCGAACAACCACGAGCUGGAUCGCACCGCCGCCGAACGACGACCACGACGCCGUCUCAACAGCCCUCACUUCUCGAAACGGACGACCAAGGUACGUUCGCGCACGCGACGCCACGCGAAAUCGGCAAAGCGUCCCUGAAUCUGUUGCAGUUCCUCUCGCGCGCCGUCUUCACCGCUGAGAAACCGGAUACGGAAAUGGAGAGCGUGAGCGUGACGGAUCUGUGCGUUCGCAACCACUUGUCUCGGGCAAAAGCUGCGCGAUUAUUCUACCAAACCCUCGUUCUCGUCGCUGCCGACUACCUCACCGCGUAUCAAGACGCAAGCGAACCGUUCGGCGAGAUUACGCUCGUCCCCGGACCUCGUUUUGAGUUCAACGCGGGCGCCGCGUGA